GGAAAAGUAUGCGUAGGUUGGUUGCAGUUCUGUGUAGCUUUAGCGUCGAUUUACUGUCGACGCAGUAUGAGCGCAAAGAUAUAAAUAUGUUAGAUUUACGACUAUAUAUUUAAAACGUCGAUCUAGUUUAUGUUAAUAUAGUAAUUUAAAUUCAUUUUCAACGGAUUUUUGCUCCAGAGUGAUUAAGUUUACGGUUAAGAAGGUUUUUCGAAGUAGCUAGCUUUUUUUUUGCUAGCCGAACUAGCUUCUUGCUAGCGGUCUUUCAACGUUAGUUUCUCAAAUAACCUUGGGAAGGUGAGCAGUGUGAAGAUGGUGAGACCUCACUCAGGUUCUCCUCGGUCCAGACAGAGGUCCUUCUCUGAUAGCAGUCACAGCGAGCACCGUGAAGGGCGAUUGGGCCCGUCUUCUAGGGGAUUUCGAGGUCCCCCAGGUAAGGCCCCUCCCAGCUGGAGAGACGGCAACAACGGAGGACAUUCCCAUUACGCCAGGGACAAGAGACCUCAGAUGGGAGACCUGAGAGAGCGACCGCAUGGACACUGGACGCCUCAUAACCAGGAUAACUUCAGACCGUACCCCAUGUCUCAGGAUUCUCAUCGUGGCCGCAGGAGGUGCUCCCCAGCCCGUUCGAACCGCCCUCCCCCUGUUCAACACCGCCACUCCCCUCACGGACCACCGUCAAUCCACCACAGGCCCUUCCAUGGGAACCAUUCCGGCCACGUUUCUCCUUCUUCCCGAUAUUUCCACAGCCCUCCGUCAGACCGCAGGGGUCCGUCGCCACAUAACAGCUUCAGAGCCCAGCAACGAUACCAAAACUCCCCCCAUGAGCAGGAGAGGAGCUGGGGUCCUGGAAGGCAACCAAGCCCCAGGGAGAGGCCCUUCGGGCGUCCUGCCCAUGGAGGGCAUCGCUGGAACGGCCCAGGGGGUUAUCCUCACCCCAACGGGGAGCCCAGACCCUCUAACUCGCCCCAGAGAAAGCCCAGAGAGUUCCAUGAGAGGAACUCGUAUCCAGAGAGGUGGUCUACAGAGAGAGAUCCACGGAAGCAGCACGGAGACGCCGGCAAGGGGCGAGGGAGGGGACGGCCUGGGCACCACGCCCCCGAGUGGCCGCGUAGGGAAGGGGGUAACGCGUACCCUCGCCCCUUUUACAGAUCUCCUUCGUGGAAAUCAGGUCCGUCGACUUCCUCCAACUCGUCUUCCAGAUUCCCUCCACCUCUGCGCCCGCAGGAGAGGCCUCCCAUGCGGCCUAUGAAGAGGAGGUUUCAGGAAAUGGGCCGCCCACCGCUGCCGCCCCCCGAGCUCGAGCACGGACCGCCCAAACGCUUCCGUAGAGAGGUGCCUGCACGUCCAAUGCCUCUUAAAAGUUUUGGAGGUCGCGGCCUGUCCCUCAAGGACAAGUCCCGGCUGUUGAAGGGGCGCAAGUUCAGAGCAGAAUCCGUCACGCGGUUCAAAAUGCCCCCUCUGAGGCCCAGGCCUUCGGACAAGAUGCAGGAAGUGGAGCACAUGGGCGAAUCCUCCAGACUCCCGCCUCGCAAGAUUCCUCUGAAGAAAAGUAUGAAGAGGCACCCGUCUCGAGAGUCGCCUACAGACACCGACUCCAAAUCUGCUGAUCCUGAAACGGACUCCGAGACACAGGUGGAAUCCCGGCGCUCUGUACGAGCACGCAGCUCUUCACCUAUAGACAGACAGCUUACCCGUGACCUGGUGGUGGUUUCUCACUGGGAAGCUGGAACUCGAAGCUCGAGUCCGAAGAGCAGCACGUCCUGGAAGAGCAGAAUGUCCCAUAAUAAUAAUAAAACCGGUGAGAAUCUGAAUCACCGCUUUGGAAAUUCAGCACGUGACCAGAAGCAGCGACGGCCAAUGGAUACUCCGGGAAAACCGUUACGGAAACCCGGCACUUUUCAGAAACCCGGUUUCCGUCCUGCCCCUGUACUCCAGAAGGGUCCUGAUGGUGUCUUCAGGAGGCCACUGAUGGCCACCAUACUGGCGCGUCCUCCGCUCCAUCAGAAACCUGUGUUCAGGAAAAGUCAGAGCAUCAUGACCAAGUACAGGAACAUGCAGACGCUCCGCCACAAAGCCCCGCCGCACCCACGCCAGGGGACGAGCUACCGUCGCUGGUGAAGUCUAAACCGACCGACCGAGUGAAUGCCUGUGUGUGUCGUGAGGAACGCCACAUCUGGAUUUAUAUCCAAAAGUGUCUGUCCUUUCCCUGAAUUCCUGUCUCUGGUUAUUAUCCUGUCUCAAUCAUAUCACAGCUGCCAAAGUUUACUUUAAUACUUUAUUCAUGCUUUAGGUUGCAGUCUGGUGAUCUCUCAGGCGCGCACACACACACACACACACACACACACACAGAGUUGUGGUGAUGUACAGAAGAUGGUGAGGUUUUUUCGUUGUAUUUUGGAGCUGUGUGAGUGAAGCGCUCAAGGCGGCGCUGAUUAAUGAUCUGAAGAUGAAUGCUGAUGUUUAAAUGAGUUCCUUUAGUUCAUCCUUUUGUUCUUUAAAGCUCUUUGUACAGCUCUUUAAUCAUGUACAUUGUUUAUAGAGAUUUCAAUAAAACAACUGGAACUUU